AUGAGUGCGUCUACGAGCCCCAAAGGGACUCCUGUCCAACAAAGCCCCACCGACGGGGAGUGUGCGGUGGACCCUGAGACAGUUCAGUCUCCUCAACACUCCACUCCCACCAGUGGCCACAAGAAACGCAUCUCCAGUCUCCUACAGAGCCCCUCUUUCAGAGAGGAGCUGGACGUACUAAUUCAGGAUCAGAUGAAAAAGGGAGCUAGCUCCUCCAGCCUCUGGGCUCUGCGGCAGAUCGCCGAUUUCAUGGCGACCCACGGAUCGCCCGCCACCCUGCCUGUCUCUCCAUCCACUGUGACGAUGGUGACACCCAUUAACGACCUGCAGGGCUGGGAGCCCAGCUCUAUGGUGAAGGGAGAGAGACUGAUGCGCUGUAAACUUGCCUCGGUGCACAGACUGCUGGACCUCUACGGCUGGGCCCAGUAUGGUCACACCUGUCUCACGACGCGUGUUAGUAAGGAGCAGGAGCAUUUCCUUGUGCUGCCAGAUGGACUGGCCUAUGCUGAGGUCACAGCCUCUAGUCUCGUGAAGGUGAAUAUUUUGGGGGAGGUGGUGGAGAAAGGUAGCACCAACCUCGAGGUUGAUUUGGGAGCAUUUAGUCUCCACUCAGCCAUCUACUCCACCCGUCCUGAUGUCCGAUGCCUGCUGCACCUACACACACCAGCUACUGCUGCAGUGUCUGCCAUGAAGUGUGGUCUGUUGCCAUUAUCCCAUGAGGCUUUGCUGGUGGGGGAAGUGGCUUAUUUGGACUAUAAUGGAGUGAUGGAGGAGGAGGAGGACAGGGUGGAGCUGCAGAAGAGCCUCGGACCCACUUGUAAGGUGCUGGUGUUGCGUAACCAUGGCAUCGUUGCCCUGGGAGAAUCAGUAGAAGAGGCAUUCUACACAAUUUACCACGUUCAGACCGCCUGUCAGAUACAGGUGUCUGCCCUGUGCAGUGCUGGUGGGGAGCAGAACCUGAUUAUGUUGGACCGGGCCAUACACAAACCCAUCCCUGCAGGCUCCGUUGGCUGGGCAGGCUCCACUUUUGGCCCAAUGCACAAGAGCCGACUAGGGGAGCACGAAUUUGAAGCUUUGAUGAGGACUUUGGAUAAUCUGGGCUACCGCACAGGCUACGCCUACCGUUUCCACGUCCUUCUAGAACGUUCCAGGACCAGGAGAGAGGUGGAGGUGCCGGCCACCGUCACGUCAUUCACCUUCGAGGAGGAAGGAGUUCGUCCUCAUCCUCGCCUGCACCCACACGCGUUCCGUCAGCAGCAGGAGAAAACGCGAUGGCUCAACACACCCAACACUUACCUGAGAGUUAGUCAGGACCAGGCCAGCCCUAGACAACGAACCACGUGGAUGAAAGCAGAAGAGAUUAGCCAAGGCAGUGGCACGGCCAUCAGGAUCGAGAACCCCAACCAGUUUGUCCCUCUCUUUACCAACCCACAGGAAGUGUUGGAAACCAGAAACAAGAUUCGGGAACAAAAUCGGCAAGAUAUGAAGACUGCGGGUCCUCAGUCACAGUUAUUAGCCGGUGUGAUUACAGACAAUAGCCCGCCGUCCCCAGAGAAGGUUGAAGUCCCUAAGACACCAGAACCAGAACCACCAAACCCAUUUAAUGAGCUCACUGAUCAGGAACUGGAGGAAUAUCGCAAAGAAGUACAGCGGAAACAGCAGGGCCUUGAGGAAGGUGGGGAGGAGGAAGUUAAUGACACAGGCACCCCCCCUCCUUCCUCUCCCACAAAGCAACCCUCCCCCACCCACCCCCCACCCUCAGAUGAUGUGAAAGACACAGAGGCAGUGGAAAACGGUAAAGGAGACGAUGAGAAACAGCAGCAGGAGGAGCUUGAAAAAGGAAUGAAGGCUCUCACAACCAACGACACGUCACAGACCCCACCCACAGCCCCGCCCGCUGCUCCACCCGCUAAGCCUGCAGGAGGCACCCCCGAGGGGUCACCUUCAAAAUCCCCCUCCAAGAAGAAGAAGAAAUUUAAAGCUCCUUCGUUUCUGAAGAAGAGCAAGAAGCUGAAAGAAAAGGCUGAAACUUGA